AUGUCGCUCGUAUCAGGAGAGAAGACGAACUUCCAGUUCAUCUUGCGUCUUCUGAACACCAACGUCGAUGGCAAGCAGAAGGUCAUGUACGCCCUGACCAAGAUCAAGGGUGUCGGUCGUCGUUACUCCAACUUGGUCUGCAAGAAGGCCGAUGUCGAUCUGAACAAGCGUGCCGGUGAGCUCACCUCCGAAGAGCUCGAGCGAAUUGUCACCAUCAUCCAGAACCCCACCCAGUACAAGAUUCCUUCCUGGUUCCUGAACAGGCAGCGCGACAUUGUCGACGGCAAGGACUACCAGGUUCUGGCCAACGGUGUCGACUCCAAGCUCCGUGACGAUCUUGAGCGUCUCAAGAAGAUCCGUGCCCACCGUGGUCUUCGUCACUACUGGGGCCUCCGUGUCCGUGGUCAGCACACCAAGACCACUGGUCGCCGUGGCCGAACCGUCGGUGUUUCCAAGAAGAAGGGUGGUUAA